ACUGAUGUCAGCGUGAACACGUACAAGCUCUUGUCCCGUUGCUUUAAUUUCCCGGUUCAGUAGAGUUCAUCCGCGUGAUAUUCAUGUUGCCAUCGUGCAGUACUGCAGGUUGCCGCUUUGGUGAGGAUUGCCUCUUCACCCACGACUUCCCUGGCGGCUACCAGGCCGUCGCAAACCUGGGCAGCCUGGGCGGUGAAGCUCCUUCGCAAGGCGAGAAGGAACUUUCCGAGCAUCUGCCCCAGGACAACUCAGCGCCACCACACAUAGAGCAAGGGACCGCUGGUCGCCACGCACCUCCACUGGCGCCCAACCCCGGCAAGGCAGCUCCGGCGGGUUUCGGCGCUCCGGCGACGGCCAGGAUCACCGUGGACGCGUCCCUUGCAGGCGCCGUCAUCGGGCGUGGCGGAGCGACCAUAAGGCAGAUAUCCCGGAUCACCGGCGCCAGGCUGUGCAUCCGUGACCACGAGUGCGACGCCGGAUUGAAGAACGUGGAGCUGGAGGGCACGCCCGAUCAGAUCAGGCACGCCAGCGCUAUGGUCUGGGAGCAUCUCCCGGUGCCGGGCGGAGGGCGAUAUAACGGCGUCAAGGCCAGGCUGUGCGCGCACUUCGCCAGAGGGUCCUGCACCUAUGGCGACGGCUGCCGCUUCGCCCACAGCGAGAGCGAGCUCCGCAGGCCGGCUCCUGCUGCUCCUAGAGAUCCGUGUGGUUGGUAGCGAUC